AUGGCAUCGGUUUAUUUAUCAAUAUUAGCACAAGAUGGUGAUGCAUGUUAUCUUGUAUUAAAAAUUUUAUCAGAUAAAAUAUCAACAGUUGCUGAUGUAUUUAGUUUAGCUUUGAUAGCAUUUGAAAUAGUUAGUAAUUAUGAUUUACCAGUUAAUAGUGAUCUUUGGAUAAAUAUUAAAGAGUUAAAAUUAUCAUUAAAAAAUAACAUUAGUAUUAGCUAA